AUUAACACCGAAAGCAACCGAGUAAUACCAUUGUCAGUGCUGCGUUAUACUUUUAUAAAAAUUACAAAGAUACAUCCAUCGGGAAAUUAAUUUGCUUAUAUUCCAAUUCGGGUACAUUUAAUUCAAUUCAUUUAAUAAUUCCCCGAGAAAGCAUCCGUCAUCUUUUAGAUAAUGCUGAAAGAAACUCGAUAUACGUCAUUCUAAACCGUCUCAUACUUUCAGUACCAAACAACAUGAAAUUCGAACCCAUGUGACAUCCGGUUCGUUAAUCCUAAACUUAAACUCGCUUCUGCAGCAGUAAUUUACUCGGAAAAUAAAAUAUAAGUGAAUUGAUACGGUAAUAUCGGGAACGUCCGCGCAUGCGUUUAUUAUUAAACAUUGUAAUGCGUUCGUUAAUCGCGAUAAACCAGAAAUGUUUCUCUCUUCACUAUCAAAGUGGGAAUGUAAUAAAUAAGUACAGUGUAACUAAUUACAAAAGGACAACCGUACAAAAUGUCCACGUUAUCUUUGCGCGGACCGUUCCUGAGGAAUGGCUAUGGGAGAUGAAUCUCUGAUUUGAAACGAAAUAUUCAAGGAACCUGGAACAGCUAGCGACGACUGCGACGUGGGAUGGAGGAAGUCACUUACGUUCGAAACCCAUACCCCGUGCCGGAUGUAGUUCGCGAAGGAGUAUGGACACGGCGACCUGUCCUUGGUAACAAGGUUGCCCCGCAAGACAAGAGCUGGAGCGCGAAUUUGAAAUCACACGAACGCCUCUUCGCUCAUCACACUUUGAACAGCAUUCGAAAAGACGCUAGGCUUAUGAGACUGCAGGUGCCAGAAGAUGCUCUCGACUUGGCAUUGUCAACCGUGUACGUUCACAGCAAAGACACUUUGGUCCCGAAAGUGUAUGUCACUAUGCAGCCAGAAACUUUAGGGAAGAAGACGUGGCGCGUCUUGAAGAAUGAAAUCGAGGUACACAAACGGGCGAGAAUACCAAGCAAAGACGGCGAAGAAGAAGAUCCGGUGUCGUCGUUACUGGCGCAGUGUUACCGUGGCCCGGUGCCAGAGCGAAGAGUUCAUCCGAGUAGCGUGAAAUUAAAUAUCACCGGGCCGCACUCGGUUCAAUCUAAUCCCGGAUACAGUCGCAAAAUCGACGGAACUUUUUACAGUAUUUAAACACGGAUUUGUAUGGUGUUUGGAAUGGGAACCC